AUGAAGCUUCGAGUCCAGCUGCAGUGCAAGAACUUGCACGAGUAUCUAAAGGAACUGAGUCCGGAGAUCCUCGACAGGCUCUACAAUCACCCAGCAACAUGCCUGGCAGUCUACAGGGCACUUCCAUCAUUGGCAAAUAAUUAUGUGAUGCAUUUGCUGUUUUUAGACCAUCCACUCCCACAAGCUGCAGUCGCGCUGUGGGUUAAAAAAGACAGUCAGAAAGACCAUGAUCAGUGUGUGUCGGUGUUAACCGGGCUACGGCUCUGGCACAGUCAGCACCUUCAAGGUGGACUCCAAGGCUUUGUGCUGAACCCUGUGUUUAAAGACAACCUGAGAAUAGCACUUCUAGGCGGUGGUAAACCGUGGGCAGAUGAGGGCAGCAACCUGAGUCCUGAUCGUCAUGGGAGGGAUGUAGAGAGUCUCGACCGCUAUGCUAUGGAGCGUUGGGAGGUCAUCCUUCACUUCAUGGUGGGCUCUCCCAGCGCAGCCGUCAGCCAGGAUCUGGCCCAGCUCCUCAUACAGGCCGGGCUCAUGAAGAGCGAGGCUGGUGAGGCUCCUUGUAUCACAUCAGCAGGGUGUCAGUUCCUGCUGCUGGACACAGCAUCUCAGCUGUGGUACUUCACCCUGCAGUACAUCAAAACAGCACAGUCGAGAGGAAUGGACCUGGUGGAGAUUCUUUCCUUUUUGUUCCAGCUGAGUUUUUCCACUCUUGGUAAGGAUUAUUCUGUGGAGGGCAUGAGUGAGUCUCUGCUCACAUUUUUGCAACAUUUACGAGAGUUGGGUCUGGUUUUCCAAAGAAAGAGGAAGUCAAGGAGGUACUACCCUACUAGGCUGGCCAUAACUCUAGCUGCAGGAGUCACAGUAAACCCUGCCUCUGGAUCUUCUGCACUCGGAGCCACACCAGGAACAGGAGACACAGGCUUCAUCGUUGUAGAAACAAAUUACCGUGUAUAUGCCUACACAAACUCUGAACUCCAGAUUGCACUAGUAGCUCUAUUUAGCGAGAUGCUGUAUCGGUUUCCUAACCUGGUGGUUGCCCAGGUAACCAGAGAGUCGGUGCAGCAGGCUAACGGCAUAACUGCACAGCAGAUCAUUCACUUCUUAAGGACCCGAGCUCACCCAGUAAUGCUUAAACAGACCCCGGUCCUUCCCCCAACCAUCACAGAUCAGAUCAGACUGUGGGAGCUCGAGAAAGAUCGCUUACAGUUUACUGAGGGAAUGUUAUACAACCAGUUUUUAUCCCAGGCUGAUUUUGAAGUGUUGCGGGACAGGGCUCAGGGUUUAGGUGUGCUGGUUUGGCAGAACCCCGCUCACAGGGUCAUAGUGGUGACGCCACAUGGACACAGCGAGGUUAAGAGAUUCUGGAAGAGACAAAAGAGCCAUACAUAAAGGAAAAAAGGAAGAACAGCCCUGAGAGACUACAAAAUACAUUAUUCACUAGAGAAUUAUUCUGAAAAUUACAGUUUAUUAGAUG